CUUUCUACAAGGCCAUAAGCGAAACAACCACUUACAACACUCCACCACCACGGGGAAAACCACAUCAAUGACAACUUUUAUAUAACGUGCUAUCACUCGCGACCAUCGAUUUUGCUUCAAAUACCUACAUCUCUCUCGCAUUAACCAUCCACCGUCACAUGCAUGUCGGCCGGGGGAGAACACCUCAAGGAUGAGGGCACACGACGACAAGUCGUCCUAGCAGGCGGAAUAGCCGGCCUCGUAUCACGAUUCUGCGUCGCCCCCCUCGACGUCGUCAAAAUCCGCCUGCAGCUACAAAUACACUCCCUAUCGGACCCCAUCUCCCACCGCGAUGUAACCGGUCCCAUCUACAAGGGCACCCUCUCGACAAUGCGAGACAUCAUCCGUCAAGAGGGUAUAACAGGCCUCUGGAAAGGCAACAUCCCCGCCGAACUAAUGUACGUCUGCUACGGGGUGAUCCAAUUCAGCGCAUACCGAACAACAACCCAAGCGCUAGCACAACUCGACACCUAUCGUCUUCCACCAUCCGCAGAGUCCUUCGUCGCGGGCGCCACAGCCGGAGGUCUCGCAACGGCAUCUACAUACCCACUGGAUCUACUGAGGACGCGGUUCGCCGCGCAGGGCACGGACCGGGUGUACACCUCGCUGAUGUCGUCGGUGAGGGAUAUUGCGCGGAAUGAAGGGUAUGCCGGGUUCUUUCGGGGAUGUAGUGCGGCGGUGGGACAGAUUGUCCCGUAUAUGGGACUGUUCUUUGCGACGUAUGAGGCGUUGAGGCCGCCGUUGGCGCAGUAUCAGGAUUUGCCGUUUGGAUCGGGGGAUGCGGCGGCCGGUGUGAUUGCGAGUGUGUCGUCGAAGACGGUGAUGUUUCCGUUGGAUUUGAUUCGGAAGAGGUUGCAGGUGCAGGGCCCGACGCGGCAGUUAUAUAUUCAUCGCAAUAUUCCUGAGUAUCAGGGUGUGUUUAAUACGAUGAAAUUGAUCCUACGGACACAGGGUAUCCGGGGACUUUAUCGGGGCUUGACGGUCAGCUUGUUCAAGGCUGCUCCCGCGAGUGCGGUGACGAUGUGGACCUAUGAGACUUCUUUACGGCUUCUCCAGGAUAUGGAGGUAGCUACGAGCAAGGAGGAUUGAGCUUAC